AUGUCUUAUCCCCGGACCUCGCGCGUGCGGAGGGCAUUGCAAGAACGCAGUUCAGCUCACAACAAUGAAAGAUCACCAAAUCGGUCGUUGCGCAUGGUGUCGGACCAGGAAGAUGUCGACAUGUAUACCACGACGCCAUUCCCGACCAAGCCGGAGCAGAUUCUGCUGCCCAUGCCCGGCAAAGGACAGCAAGAGUACAUCUCAGACACUGGGUUUAGUUAUUCAGAUCACCACCUAGGACCCUCCACGUCUGCGUAUUCUUCACCAUCCUUCAGUCAGAGCACCGCCCCCAACAGCCCCCACAGCCCGCGCGAUCAUUCCAUUGGGGAGAGUUGGGAUGUUUCGUCAACUGUGGAUACCGGCCACUCGCCGCCGCAGCUGUGGGAUGAGGAUCCAUCUUCUAGCAAGUCGUCUUUGCCAGAUCUUGGUUCCGGUAAAGCGCGGGACUGGAGAUCCGACAGCUCGGAGCCAGAGUAUUCUGACGAUGAGAUGAUUGUGCUGCCGACAGCCACGCCAACUAUCAAGGCAGUCCUUUCGGAGCCACCCACUUCGCCAAAAUCUUCGCAAGGCUCCGCGGAGUCGAUGGGCUACUCCAGCCCGAAUCUCGAGCAGAUUGGUGCUCCGUCAAGUCCUAACUUUGUAAUGCUGGAUAACUCGAGCAUGAAUUUCCACCGUCCUGCCACUGCAUCCUCAGAGUCAGACCCCAGAACCAACUCGCUGUCUUCGUACAACUCCCGCGGUACCGUGGUGAGACACGCCGGCGCCGCUCCCUGGAUCAACACAGCAUCGUCGGAGCAAUUGAGCUACCGCUCUCCAUCCUUCCGGUCCAGUCCCCCUUGGCAAUCCGUGGCGUCCUUCCGUUCAACAUCGCGCGCACCAUCAGGCAGCCGCUCGCGCUCGGCGACCUCGUCCUCACGCAGCCUCCGCUCAGUAUCUGACCUGCAGGCAGCCAUCGACAACGGCGUUCCAAUUCAAUACCCGCGUAUCCGCGCGCCAUCGUCAACAAGCUCCCGCGCCGCCAGUUCAGUCAAACCAGAGCGCGACUUUACGCCGGGUCCAGCCUCUGGCCGAUGGAAUCCUCACCUGUCCACUGUCUCUUCAAUUUGGUCUGCGGAGGAACUGACCAACCUCGCCGCGCAAGCGGAGACCACCUCAGACUCAGAAAUGGCUGAACCAUCGCCACCGCCAGCAGCAGCGCUGAAGAGCGAGAAUACACGUUCCUCCGUAUGGCUCGUGGAGUCCUCCAACGACAGCGACGAAGAGCGCUUAGACAGUCUGACAAACCUCCCAGUGCGGCCAAUCUUCAGCCAAAGCCUAUCCUCUGGCUCAAAACGAAGUAAUAGCAACCGCAGCUUGCAACGUCCAGGCACAGGAUCCAGUACAAUCCUCAAUAUCCUGCCAACCUGGGCCAAGGUUUACUACCUGCGCGAACCAAUGGGCCUGAACUCAACCCUGUCAAUGAUCGACGCGAGUCGGCCAUCCUCCACUCGCCCCGGAACAUCCAACUCCAGCAACUUCAACUUCAACCUCAUGCCAACACCCUUGAACAUCCCCAGACCCAGAUCCCCAGAAAGAGAAAGACCUGUCUCCCCAGAGCGCGCGGCUAAUUCAAUCCCGCAACGCCGCAUCGAAAGCGAUCCUCGCGACCCGCGCGCUCACUGGGUGCCAUCUCCAGAACCAGAGCACGGCGAAUUCGUCAAUCAACGCUACAGACUCCAUCACAGCUGGUCGCCACAUCUCUUCCCAGACCGACGGGUCUUGCAACAUUCAAAUAGCAUCUGGAGACCUCCCUCCCUGGACUCACGCAAUGAACCGUUCUUGGGACGGAGGAAUGUCCAGGUCUACUCGUUCUGUCUGGGCUUCAUCUUCCCUCUGGCUUGGUGUAUUGCUGCUGUCCUCCCUCUCCCACCGAAACCGAAGAUGGGCCCUGAGAUGGUGGAGUAUGAGUCUGACUCGGAUGUUGAGGCCGCGCUUGAGGCGCAGUGUAUGAAUCUCCAGCAGCGGCGUCAUGAUAAUGCGCGCUGGUGGAGGAAUCUUAAUCGGUGGAUGAUCUCGCUUGGUGUGGUGGUUAUUGUUAUUAUUAUCACUCUUGCUGUUAUCGGUACUACUACGGGCUUCUAA